GCGGAUCCUUGCAGACCCUGGCCACCGAGGAACAUCCGAUGGGAGCGGACGGGAUGUACGACAAACUGCGGAUGUUGAACGUGCAGCCGGGAAGCUGGGGCGCCCGGUCGAGCUGGUACCAGGGAGGCUCCACGGCAGGGCAGGCCGCUGCAGACAGCUGCCAGCAGCCGGAGGUCAGAGGUGAGAGUGGUGGGGGACUCGGUGUGAUUGGAGAGGAUUCCGAUGAGUCCCAGAUCCGUCUGCAGCUCAAGAGGAAACUGCAGCGAAACCGAACAUCCUUUACGCAGGAUCAGAUCGAAGCUCUAGAGAAAGAAUUUGAACGCACUCACUACCCAGAUGUCUUUGCCAGAGAGAGGUUAGCAGCCAAAAUCGACUUACCUGAAGCCAGAAUACAGGUGUGGUUUUCCAAUCGCCGUGCCAAGUGGAGGAGGGAAGAGAAACUUCGCAACCAGCGCAAGCAGGCGUGCAACGGCCCGAGCCACGUCCCCAUCAACAGCAGCUUCUCUUCCUCGCUGUACCAGUCCAUGCCUCAGCACAACACCUCAGGUCCAAUGAUGAGCAGGAAUGAAGCCUCGAUGACAAACAGUUACAGCGGCUUGCCCCCAAUGCCACCCUUUGCCAUGACAAACAACCUACCCCUGCAGCCUCCUGUACCGAGCCAAGCAUCCUCGUACUCCUGCAUGAUCCCAGCCAGCCCGGCAGUGUCUGUGCACAGCUACGAUGCCUACAACCCUCCCCAUAUGCAGUCGCACCUCAACCCACAGCCUCUGGCCUGUACAGGCGCUUCCUCCACAGGUCUGAUCUCGCCAGGUGUGUCCGUACCUGUGCAGGUUCCUGGAGGUGACCAGGAGAUGGCCCAGUAUUGGCCCAGGCUGCAGUAAAGGAGGGGGGCAUGAGAACGUUCGAGUUCUGCCCCCAGUAUCUCAGCGGUGUUGGUGCAAUAUUAACCCGCCCUAAAAGUGAACGGGUUCACAAGGUCUGGCAGUCCGUCCAUUUAAUUCUGAUUUAUUUUAAACAAAAGAGAAUUUAAUC